UAAAUGUUCAAGAUGGUGGCAAAGAAUUCGAGGUUUAAUAGGCGCGGUUCCUUUUGUUCGUUAUUUGGACAAGAUUAUUGAUAUCUUGACGAUUAGUUUUCUACUGGUUAACACGUCAGCUGACACAUGUUUAUGUACAAGUCGAAUGUACGCAUGUAACGUGCAUGAAAUUUCACCUGAGAAAGUUGCCGAAUCAAAACGACCGUUUCACUGAGAAACCUGGUUCGAGAAAAAAAUGACAGUGCAUACUAUGGAAAAAUUGAAAGAAAAGGGGUGGUACAUUACAGAUCAUGGUUAUAAUACUGCGAGUGAUUCUGGAAGUAUAAAUGAUAUACAGAAAAUUAUCAAGCGAUUAUUGGAUCUUGAUUUAAGAGAGGUUGGUAAUGGUCAAGGAGAUAUAACUCAGGGUAAUAUAGUAUUACAAAUACAGAAAAUACGCAAUGUAGCUGUUCCUAAAAACAUUGAAGAUUCUCGGUCAGCUCCUCGUUUGUUAAAAUUCUUUUUAACAGAUGGUAAAAAUAAUUUUCAAGCUAUAGAAGUUGAACAUAUACCACCAUUAAGUUUAAAUACACCUCCUGGUACAAAAAUACUAAUUGGUCAUGGAAACUUACCAAUAUCUCAUGGAAUUAUUUUAUUAAGACCAUCAAACAUAGCACAAGUGCUUGGAGGAAAAGUAACAAAUCUUGUAGAAAAAUGGGAAUUGAACAAAAAAUUGGCAUUGCAUACAAGAAUGAGAUCAGCAGAAGAAGGUGGCCCACCACCAUGGAUACCAUUUGGAAAGAAAAUUACAAAAGUUCCUGAACAUGACAGAAAUUUUAAAGCUUUAGCAGAAAAAGAAAAGUCUAGUAAAGAAAAUACAGAAUUUGAAGCUCAACGUAAGGAUGCUAUAGCAGAAGCUGCUAAACAAGGCAGUAAGAAAGCUUUUGGUGGAGGAAAUAAACAGCUCCUAGAUCACAGUGUACAAAAAAUCGUAGAUCAAGGUUUUUCUAUAGAACAAGCAGAGUAUGCCUUAAAAGUUAAUCGAAAUAACGUUGACAAAGCUUUAAAAAGCUUGCAGAAAACAGAUAACAGACACAAUUCGUUUAAAGAACCACGAGAAGCGCGAGAACCACGAAAUAAACGAUUCGAUAAAAAAAGCGAGGAAGGUAAACCAAGUAGUGGAAAAAUAUCGCUUUUUGAUUUUCUUGAAGAUAAAUUACCUCUGCAAUCUGAAUCUACGGAAUCGAGUAAUCCAUCUCAGAACAGUUAUACGCCGAAUACUGAAAACAGUUAUGAUAAAAUUGAACUUAAAAAUAAUGAAUCACAAAGUGGAAAAAGUGGAAGAUCUCAGAAAGGAGGUCGUGGGUAUCAAGUCCCUCCAAGACAUUUAGAAGAAAAUAAGAAUAGCAAAAAAUCAAACUUUAAUAAUUCUAACACUCAAUACUCGCAGUAUAAUGGAGGGAAUCAUUCUCAACAAAAUAAACCACCGAGAUUUCAACGAAAUCAGGAUAAUCACAGUUAUUCUCAACAAGAUACUUUAAAUAAAACGUAUCAGAAAUCUCAAUUAAAUGAUUCCAGAAAUUAUAAUGUGCAUACACGUACGAAUGGAACAAAUAUUAUGAAUAGUAAUAAUUAUUAUAAAGCUCCGCAAGAUCAACAAGGAAAACAUUUCGGUGCUGGCAGGAAUUAUAAUCACUAUGAUACUGAAAAUUCAGGUGGCAAAGGGACUUUAGGAUCCAACAAUCAAAGGAGUCAAAACCAAUACAGUAACAAUCAAAAUACCAAUGUUUCUUCUGUUGGCAGUACUUGGGUUUGGCGCGUAGGUGAUGAAUGUCUAGCCAAAUACUGGGAAGACAAUAGGUAUUAUAACGCGAAAGUAACAGGCGUAUCAGACAGGACAUGCGUUGUGCAGUUUAAAGGAUUUGAAAAUUAUGAAGAAGUACUUCAAGUGGAUUGUUCACCUAUAACAGAUGAUAAUCAAGCUGUUCAAGAUUAUGUUAUGGAUCAAAAACAAUCGGAUCAACGAUUUAAUAAUAGGCAGUUACGAUAUGACCAAACUCAAAAUCAUAUAACUGCAGGUAUGGAAUUUCGAAGAGGAGGAAGUGGUGUUGUUCCUGCAAAUAAAUUUGCUUAUAACAAAAAACGUAAUCAACAAAGAAGCACACAACCCAUUUAUCAACCUCCGGCACAACGAUGUCAAAAUCCUAUGCCUAUGAAUACUCAAAAUAAUUCCUUACUUUAAUGUAAUGUCAGUCUUUUUUUUUUUUAGUAAAAGUACUGAACAUCGCUGAGUUAUUAAUUGUAGUUGUGUUAUUUCUAAAGACUGACCUAAUGAAGAGAAAAGUACUCCAUACUUUUCAUGUAUGGUAGUUUAAAUCAUAGGUCAAUAAUAUAAAACGCGAUGUAAACGAAUCCUGUGCCACAAAUAAUUCAUAAAUGAAAGGUGUA